CGGAGUUGCUGUGGACCAAUAAAACAUUUGUUUGAGGGGGUGGAUUACUGAAUUACAGGACAGCAUACUUGGGCGUUACUCGGGAGGAGGGAGUUGCAAGGACGGCCAAUAGCUGACGACACGAUGCUGCAUCAGGUGGGAGGAGUGCGUGUGGCCCUGGGCCUGCUGGUGGUGCGGAGGUCUUGCCUGACCUGUCUGUCCCGCACUGCCCACACCUCCCCAAAGGCCCGCGAGUACAAGCCCAUCAAGAAGGUCAUGGUGGCCAACAGAGGUGAGAUUGCCAUCCGUGUGUUCCGGGCGUGCACAGAGCUGGGUAUCCGCACGGUGGCGGUGUACUCCGAGCAGGACACGGGUCAGAUGCAUCGGCAGAAGGCGGACGAGGCCUACCUCAUUGGCAAGGGCCUGCCGCCCGUCGCCGCCUACCUGCACAUCCCCGACAUCAUCAAAGUGGCCAAGGAGAACAACGUGGACGCUAUCCACCCAGGGUACGGGUUCCUGUCGGAACGUUCGGACUUCGCUCAGGCAUGUGCGGAUGCUGGCAUCCGUUUCAUAGGCCCCGCCCCCGAGGUCGUACGCCAGAUGGGAGACAAAGUGGAGGCGCGAGCCCUCGCCAUCCGUGCAGGUGUUCCGGUGGUGCCGGGUACAAACGCGCCCAUCUCGUGUCUGCAGCAGGCCCAGGAGUUCUCCAACACGUACGGCUUCCCCAUCAUCUUCAAGGCCGCUUACGGAGGAGGAGGGAGGGGCAUGAGGGUGGUGCGCGAGUACGAGGAGCUGGAGGAGAACUACCAGCGGGCAUACUCCGAGGCGCUGGCUGCAUUUGGAAAUGGCGCUCUGUUUGUGGAGAAGUUCAUCGAGAAACCGCGCCAUAUUGAAGUCCAGAUCCUGGGUGAUAAGUACGGUAACGUGGUGCACCUAUACGAGCGCGACUGCUCCAUCCAGAGACGGCACCAGAAGGUGGUGGAGAUCGCCCCGGCCGUGCAGCUGGACCCCCACCUCCGAGACCGACUCACUGCCGACUCCGUCAACCUGGCAAAACUGGUGGGCUAUGAGAACGCCGGCACAGUGGAGUUCCUGGUGGACAAGCACGGGAAGCACUACUUCAUCGAGGUCAACUCCCGCCUUCAGGUCGAGCACACGGUUACCGAGCAGAUCACAGACCCCAUCACCCACCUGCUGCAGCUACUCAGGACACCUGCCGACGGACUGACUUCCCCGUCUCCGACUAGUACACCUGCCGACGGACCGACUUCCCCGUCUCCGACUAGUACACCUGCCGACGGACCGACUUCCCCGUCUCCGACUAGUACACCUGCCGACGGACCGACUUCCCCGUCUCCGACUAGUACACCUGCCGACGGACCGACUUCCCCGUCUCCGACUAGGACACCUGCCGACGGACCGACUUCCCCGUCUCCGACUAGUACACCUGCCGACGGACCGACUUCCCCGUCUCCGACUAGUACACCUGCCGGUGGGGGCCGACUUCCCCGUCUCCGACUAGUACACCUGCCGACGGACCGACUUCCCCGUCUCCGACUAGUACACCUGCCGACGGACCGACUUCCCCGUCUCCGACUAGUACACCUGCCGACGGACCGACUUCCCCGUCUCCGACUAGUACACCUGCCGACGGACCGACUUCCCCGUCUCCGACUAGGACACCUGCCGACGGACCGACUUCCCCGUCUCCGACUAGUACACCUGCCGACGGACCGACUUCCCCGUCUCCGACUAGUACACCUGCCGGUGGGGGCCGACUUCCCCGUCUCCGACUAG